AUGUUGCUGAAGAACCCUUCUCAUCAACUUAAGGUUGCUCUGUCAAUCUUUUUCUUUCUUUCUUCUUCACUUUAUUUGGCCACACCAGAAAACAAAACCAUUAUUCGAGUUAAUGUGGGGAUUAUUCUUGACGACUAUAAACAUUCACUGACUGGAAAGAUUUGGUUGAGUUCCAUAAAAAUGGCCCUCACCGACUUCUAUGCUUCUCAUGCUCUUCACAACACUAAACUGCUUUUGAACAUCAGGAACUCAAAAGGCAAUGUUGUUCGUGCAGCUAACGCAGCUCAACAUCUCAUGAAACAUGAACAAGUGCAAUCGAUUAUCGGACCAGUCACGUCAAUGGAGACAAACUUCGUUAUUAACCUCGGGGAUCAAACCCAUGUGCCCAUAUUAUCAUUUUCUGCAACAAGCCCUUCUCUUACUUCACUUCGGAGUUCCUACUUUUUCCAAUUUGCGCAAAAUGACACAUCUCAAGUAGAAGCUAUUAGUGCUGUUGUUAAGGCUUUUGGAUGGAGAGAAGUUGUGCCCAUCUACUUAGACACUUCAUACGGCGAGGGAAUCAUCCCGGCUUUAACUAAUGCCUUACAAGAGGUAGGUGCCUUUAUCCCCUAUAGGAGUGCCAUUUCUCCAUUCGCAUCCGAUGAUCAAAUUAAGGAAGAGCUUCACACAUUGAUGACAAUGCAAACUAGAGUGUUCAUUGUCCACAUGACCACCAAUGAUUUACUAUGCACUAAACUGUUUACCAAGGCAAACGAGAUUGGAAUGAUGAAGGAAGGAUAUGUUUGGUUAACAGCUAACGGGAUAGCUAAUAGUUUACAGUUGUUAAAUUCUUCAGUCAUCCAUUCCAUGCAUGGAGUGUUAGGUGUGGAAACUCAUGUCCAACAAACCCCAGAGCUUGAAGGCUUGAAGAUAAGAUGGAAAAAACAGUUCCAAAAAGACAAUCCAACGAUCAUCUUUGGUGUUGAAUUGGAUGUUUUUGGUCUGUGGGCUUAUGAUGCUGCUUUUGCACUGGCUAUGGCAAUUGAGAAAGUAUAUGGACUAACUGCUUCCCACAACAACACAGAUUAUAAAAGUUUUCAUGUCUCUCAAUAUGGUCCCAAACUUCGCAAAGCCCUAUCAACUACAAGAUUUCAAGGCAUGGCUGGAGAUUUCAGGCUUGUUGAUGGACAGCUUCAAUCAUCAAAGUUUCAAAUAAUUAAUGUAAAUGGUGGAGGAUCAAGAACAAUAGGAUUUUGGUCACCGGAAUAUGGAUUAUGGAACCGAGUGUACCCAGCAAAUUCUAAGCCAAAUCUGGGACCUGUUAUAUGGCCAGGAGAUUCUACCUCGGUUCCAAAGGGAUGGGAGAUCCCAACAAAUGGGAAGACGUUGAAAAUAGGAGUUCCUAAGAAGUAUGGCUAUCUUGAGUUCGUUAAGGUCACGAAAGAUCCAAGGACUAACAUAACAGAUGUCACUGGGUUCUGUAUUGAUGUCUUUAAGGCAGUUGUGGAAAUAUUACCAUAUGCUCUUCCUUAUGAGUUCAUUCCUUUUACAAAGCAAGAUGGCACGAGCGCUGGCAGUUAUAAUGAUCUGUGCUAUGAAGUAUAUCGUGGGAACCUUGAUGCAGUGGUCGGAGAUAUCACAAUCCUAGCAAAUAGGUCACUCUAUGUGGACUAUACAAUGCCAUACACAGAAGCAGGUCUAGUCAUGGUAGUGCCUGUUGUAGACAUGACCAGCAAAAGUUCCUGGGAUUUCUUGAAGCCUUGGAAAUGGGACCUUUGGCUAACAACUUCUUGUUUCUUCCUUUUUAUCGGUUUUGUGGUUUGGGUCCUCGAACAUCGAAUUAAUAAACAUUUUCGGGGCCCUCUCGCACAUCAAAUUGGCCACGGCCUAUGGUUCUCCUUUUCAACCAUGGUUUUUGCGCAAACAACAAGAGUUAUUAGCAAUCUGGCUAGAUUCGUGAUGACUAUAUGGAUAUUUGUUGUGCUAGUAUUGACGAUAAAUUACACGGCCAUCCUAACGUCAAUCUAUACAGUCCAACAACUCCAGCCAACAGUUACAGAUUUAAAGGAUCUAUUAAGCAAGGGGGACAACGUUGGCUGCAAGCCAAAUGCUUACACUUGCGACAUCUUGAAACAAUUUGGUUUUAAUGAUGCCAAUCUUAAGGUGUUUAGUACUAUGGAAGAACUUGAUGAAGCACUUUCGAAAGGGACUGCAAAAGGUGGUAUUGCUGCUGCUAUUGAUGAAACCCCAUAUAUGAAGCUUUUCCUUGCAAAGUAUUGCAACAAAUAUACCAUGAUUGGACCCGUAUUUAAAACAGAUGGUUUUGCCUUUGUCUUUCCAAAACGUUCCCCUCUUCUGCCUGAUGUUUCACAGGCAAUCCUGAAUGUGACUGGAGGAGAGAAGAUAAUGAACAUCGAACAUGAAUGGUUCAAGAAAGAAAGCAAUUGUCAAGAUUUGAGUGUCCCAAAAGUUUCUAGCAGCAGUCUUGGUGCUGAUAGCUUUUGGGUCCUUUUCCUCAUUGCCGGAGUAGUUUCUUUGUUCGCUCUCAUAGUAUUUGUAGUUUUGUUCGCUUACAAGUACAGGGACAUAUGGAAUUCAGAAGCCUCUAUAAGGAGUUCGAUUGGGGCCAUGUUAAAAAUUUUCAAUGAAAAAGACCCCAGCUAUCACACAUUUAACAGUGAUCAAAGGCCAGAAGCAGCAGAAACUUCAGUCUACAAUAAUUCGAACCACACAGAUGAGCAUUCUUUAUUUUCUGGAGAGCAGCAAGUACUCUCAAUUGAAGGGUCUCAAAAAGCAGGUCCCGCAACCGAGGUUCGUUUCGCAACUGAAAUUGAAAUGACGACUCCUUCUACAGCUCACUAG